CCUGUAGGUUGUGUGCGUCCAGUGGACGGAAGUAGCUGUUGGGAGCUUUUAGACGCUUUAAAUUCCUGCGGGGUGGAGGCCCUGGCUUUCUGCUGGAGUCAGGCUUCCCACCCGCAUGGCUGUGGACGUGAAGUCUCGAGCGAAGCGCUAUGAGAAGCUGGACUUCCUCGGGGAGGGACAGUUUGCUACGGUCUAUAAGGCCAGAGAUAAGAACACCAACCAGAUUGUCGCCAUUAAGAAAAUCAAACUUGGACACAGAUCAGAAGCUAAAGAUGGUAUAAAUAGAACAGCCUUAAGAGAGAUAAAACUGUUACAGGAGCUCAGUCAUCCCAAUAUAAUUGGUCUCCUUGAUGCAUUUGGACAUAAAUCUAAUAUUAGCCUUGUCUUUGAUUUCAUGGAAACUGACCUGGAGGUUAUAAUAAAGGACAAUAGUCUUGUGUUGACACCAUCCCACAUUAAAGCCUACAUGUUGAUGACUCUUCAGGGGUUAGAAUAUUUACAUCAGCAUUGGAUUCUACACAGGGAUUUGAAACCAAACAACUUGUUGUUGGAUGAGAAUGGAGUUCUGAAACUGGCAGAUUUUGGCCUGGCCAAGUCAUUUGGGAGUCCCAAUAGGGCUUACACGCAUCAGGUUGUGACCAGAUGGUACCGGGCUCCUGAAUUACUGUUUGGAGCUAGGAUGUAUGGUGUGGGUGUGGACAUGUGGGCUGUUGGCUGUAUAUUAGCAGAAUUGCUUCUAAGGGUUCCUUUUUUGCCUGGAGAUUCAGACCUUGAUCAGCUAACAAGAAUAUUUGAAACCUUGGGUACCCCAACUGAAGAGCAGUGGCCGGACAUGUGUAGUCUUCCAGAUUAUGUGACUUUCAAGAGUUUCCCUGGGAUCCCACUGCAGCACAUCUUCAUUGCAGCAGGAGACGACUUGCUCGAUCUCAUCCAAGGCUUGUUCCUGUUUAAUCCAUGUGCUAGAAUCACAGCUUCACAGGCAUUGAAGACUAAGUAUUUCAGUAAUCGUCCAGCGCCAACACCUGGAUGCCAGCUUCCAAGACCAAACUGUCCAGCGGAAGCCCUAAAGGAACAGUCAAAUCCAGCCAUGGCAACGAAAAGAAAAAGAACAGAGGCCUUAGAACAAGGAAUAUUGCCCAAGAAGCUAAUUUUUUAGUUACAGCCAACAAUGGACAGUGUUUCACUGCUGAAAGAAAUAAUCCAAAAGGCAAAUAAAAAAAAAAUAGGGAGCAUUAAAUGCUGUAGAAGAGAACUUGUAAAUAUUCUACACAUGUAAAAAUAUGUAAAAGUAUGGGUUAUUUUUAUUAAAUGUAUUUUAAAAUAAAA